CUGUUUUUAAACCACAUGGCUUCUCUACAAUGUGCUGCUCUCUGUCUCUAUCUUUGUAUUUAAACAUGAGAGUCUACAUACCUUCUCUCCACUCUGACCACAGUACACUUCUCUUUAACACUGUGCAGAUUAACCACAACGUCUCUGCAUCUGUGUGAAAAGAGCCUGUGGCUUCAGGUCAGGUUACUCACUAUGAAGUAAGAUCUGCAGGACAAGGGUGAGUCUGCUUGGUUUUAGUGACGUUGAGCAGUAGAUUGUUUUCUGUGCACAACUCUGCACAGUUUCUUCCUGAUAUGAACUUUCAUGAUUGUUUAUAAUGUGGCCAGUGAUGGUGGUGUCGUCCACAUACUGAACAACAGAGUUCUCUUGACGUCUGAUGCAGUCACAGGUGGGUCACAGGUUUGGGGUCUAUUUAUGUACCCAAAUGCAGAUUGUUAAAUCUUAAUUUAAAGUGUUUGUAGACUACAUGGAGGACAAUGGAUAUGGCAUCAUCUGUGGACCUGAUGGUUCUGAAUGCACACCAAUAAUGACAUCACAACUACUUCAGUGUUUUUUCUCUAGACUCUGCAUCAGGAAGGGGAGGGAUUAAGAAAAUGUGUCAGUCUGAUGUUCAGUCAGCAGCAAGACAACAUGGAGGCAACAGCUCUCUGCACCCGACUGUUUAUGACUGUGUUUCUGCUGCUUGCUGCACAAGUUCAGAACUGUUGCUAUUCUCAAAAACUGGAUGCAGCUUUUCCUCGGACUGAACCAAACAGACUGCAGUUCUUUGCAUAUAGUCCAAUCUCUGUGCAGUGUGAACAUUUGGACUGCUCACCUGAAUGUAGAGUGAUGAAGAGGCUGAAGAAGGAUUCAACAAAUACAACUCAACUGUGGGAAACAUCAACAGGAUCCAUUACUGUUAAACUUCACUCUACAUCAGAGAGUGGAGAGUACUGGUGUGAAAAUAAAGAGGGGGAGAGAAGCAACAGUAUCAACAUCACAGUCACUGAUGGUGAUGUGAUCCUGGAGAGUCCUGCUCUACCUGUGACCGAGGGAGAAGACUUGAGUCUGUACUGCAGAACGAAGACCUCCAACCCUCCUGCUGACUUUUACAAAGAUGGCCUCUCUAUUGCAACUGGAUAUACAGGAAUGUUCACCAUCAACAGUGUCUCUAAAUCUCAUGAAGGACUCUACAAGUGCAGAAUCUCUGGAGUUGGAGAAUCAGCAGAGAGCUGGCUGGCUGUCGGAGCACAUAUAACUUCAUCACCCAAAGAGAUUCAAGAAAGUUCAGAGACAACCGACGGUUCCCCUCAGGUCUCGAUCCUUCUACCAGUGGUUAUCACCACUGUGUCUGUGGCUGUGCUGCUGAUGUUGGUGGGACUACUUCACUGCCUGAAACACAAAGCAGGCUGCUUGUCUUCAGACACAACACCAGGAACAGAUUCAGGCUCUAGGGAGGCGGCUGCUGCUGCUGCUGAAAACAUGGUGACAUAUGCUGUUGUUACAAAACACCGUAAUAGAAGAGCAGAACCUGGAAUAUCCAGCAGCUCAGCCAGGCAAAUAUCUUCAGCAGGUGCCAGUGAUGUCGUCUAUUCUACAAUCCAGUUGAGGUCACCGAGAGCAGAAGCUUGGGCCUAGCGAGGAGCUAAAAGCUGUGCUGUCGUACAUGGAUACGAGGAGGGAGUGAUACUGUAUGUUUUACAGUAAACUAGUGGAUCUUUAAUGACCCGGCACUCUGUGGUAAAUGCAUGCAUGUUCAAAACCAGGGAAAUUAGUCAAAGGGGAGAAAAAACAGAGACCGCCAGUUCAGCCAAUUUCAGGUGGAUGGACUUAAGUAUCAAAGACACAAUUAGUAAGUCAUAUUUUUUGUGUCCAGCAGUGAUGAUUUUCAAAACUUUUGUACUUUUAAUACUGUGAACUCUUUGAAAAACUUGCUGUUGUUGUGGAUGAGUAGAUAUAAAGAUUAAAUAUAGAAAACACAUUUAACCUCAGAAGAGUUUGUGUCCCUUGAAGACGUGACUUUGAUCAUUAAUAUCAACCCUUCAUCUGUGGGCUUCAGCCAACAUGCUGCGUCGCUGUCUGUCUUUAGGAGUGAGUGGUUUCUCACACUGUGACAGUUAAACCACAUUGUUCCAGACAUCUGUUCAAACGUCUUGAGACACUUUUUAUAAGAACAGAGCUGCUGCAUCUUUUAAAUACACUCACUGUGGUCGACUACCAACAUGACGCUGUUAGAGCAGUUUGACCUGAGGCAGACACGCUGAGUGACGGAAAUAUAAAUGAACACAUGACACGUUCAUGUUAUCUUAGAGUUGUGGUAUUUACCACGUUCAGUUUUUUUUUUUUCUUUUUAAGCAUUUUGUUUGUAACCUCAGGUGUAACCUUGCCUCUUUGGCUGCUCCUCUCAACCUGAUGGAUGCUUAUUUCCUUUAAGAAAUGAUUACAUGAUUAAAAUAUAAU